AUGGGCUUAUCCCAGCAAAAUCCUUCUGAUAGCACUAAACCCGGAAUCCAAACGCAUCAACAACGUUCUUUGAAUAUGCACCCACCAAACCAAAAUAAGAAUCAUAACCAGCUCAAUCAAGCUGCUGCUGCGCAUCACCAUCGAGGACAUCGCGAUGAUUUCUCCCAUCCUCAUCAUGAUCAACAUGGUCAACAAAAUAGACAAGGGGAUGACCAACAACGCCUUCCUCAGCAGCAACAACAGCUGAUCAAUCAUCAUCAUCACCACCACCAGUUGAUGCAACAACCGCAACAAAAUCAGCAAUCAAUAACCGGUAGAAGGAAUGCCCAUCACCAGAAAUCCACUAAGGCUGAAGGAGGCCAUGCUGUAUCGGCUACCGUUUGUGCAAACUGUGGUACAACCACUACUCCACUGUGGAGAAGAGCUCCUUCUGGAGAGACUAUCUGUAAUGCAUGUGGCUUAUACUUGAAAGCUCGCAAUACAGUGCGUCCACCGUGGCUGAAACGCAACAAUAUUAAAAAACCUACACCAGCUUCUUCCCAAUCUCCUAUCCUUCCAGCGGGCACCUGUCCGGGAGACGGGCAUUGUGACGGGACAGGCGGACCGUCAUCGUGUAAUGGCUGCCCCGCGUAUAAUCAACAUCAAGUAAACAGACAAGCACUUGUCUGUGCUAACUGCGGCACAAAUACCACUCCACUUUGGCGUCGAGACGAAGGCGGCAAUACUAUUUGUAACGCUUGCGGCCUAUACUAUAAACUUCAUAGCGUACAUCGGCCAGUCACCAUGAAGAGGAGUGUUAUCAAACGAAGGAAGAGAGUUGCGUUGGCUAACGGAAGUGUAAAUAGUGUUGUCGCGGGAAAUGGAAAUGCGCACACUGGGAUUAACAGAGGAAAUGGAACCAAUUCUCGUGGACACCACCAUCAUAGAAUGUCGGGACAUGCAAGUGACAAUGAAUCUCACGUCGCAUCGCAUCACGAAGAAACAAUCCAACACCCUCCGACCCCAAGUAGUUCCGGCUCUGAUCGUGAUUAUCCUACCUCUGAAGAAGACGAACUUCCGGUCCGUCGUGCUCCCAAGCGCAAAAACGUCUUUGACGAAUGCCAUAUCCCCAAGAGACAUUGUCAUGAGCGUGCUGUCCUUGCUAUCGAAGACUAUAUCGCACCUAAGAAGAACGGUGGUGAUUUAUAUUUGUCACCCGUUGAACCUAACGUGACCCAAAUCCCACAGGUUCAGAUUCACCGUGGUGGUCGAUAUAUGGGCACCCCCGAUUGUCCCUUGCAGUCUGUGUUUAACAACGGAAACGAAAGUGCAAAUUGUUCGCCAUCACAUAGCGGAAGUACAUCGCCUAUCAAUUAUGCUUCAUCUCCCGUCCAUACUCCGGGUUUUACCAUGCCGAGCCCACCUUCUUCAUCCUCGAUUAAUUCACUGUUGAACCCGGCUUCCCCCGCUCCACAGUUGCCUCCAAUUUCCUCAGUGGGUUUACCCUCCUUGAAUGCUGGUCAGUCCAACCCAUCCACUGCUUCCGCUUCGGUCGAUCCUAAUAUCACCAGUGUUCUCCAGGCUCAUAGGCAAGAGCUUCAACGGGAAGUCUCUCACUUGUCUAUGCUCCUCAAUCGUACCACGGCUAUUCUGAAUGGUCUAGACAGAGCCAUGGCGUCUGUAAAUUCGAAUGUCACUGCCAAUUAA